AAUAAGGAAGCUGGACUUGCAGCAGAAGUUAAUGGCUAUAUUUGUUUUUCUUUUCUUUUCUCUUUACUUUCAAAGGAAGCUCACCAAAGUACUGAACCAUUAUGUAGGAAAUGCAGAUGACUCCAGCAAGACAGAAUUACUGUUUGCUGCUCUGAAAGCCCUGAAGUACCUAUUCCGAUUCAUCGUUCAGUCACGAAUAUUGUACCUGAGGUUUUAUGGCAAAAGUGAAGAUGGAGAUGAAUUUAAUGACGCAAUCCGCAAGCUGUUCCUCUCCUUCAAUGUCCUCAUGGACCGGCCGUUAGAGGAGGCUGUCAAGAUUAAGGGUGCAGCUUUAAAGUAUUUACCAAGCAUUAUAAAUGAUGUCAAACUAGUAUUUGACCCCGUUGAACUCAGCGUCCUCUUCAGCAAGUUUAUCCAAAGUAUUCCCGACAACCAGCUAGUGCGGCAGAAGCUGAACUGCAUGACCAAGAUCGUGGAGAGCGACCUGUUCAGGCAGUCUGAAUGCAGAGACAUGCUGCUUCCUCUGCUGAUAGACCAGCUAAGUGGUCAGCUGGAUGACAAUUCCAACAAGCCCGACCAUGAGGCCACCUCCCAGCUACUUAGCAACGUUCUCGAAGUCCUAGAUCGGAAAGAUGUGGGGCCCACUGCUGUCCACAUCCAACUGAUCAUGGAGCACUUGCUAAGGAGGAUAAACCGCACCGUGAUUGGAAUGAGCAGACAGUCUCCACACAUCGGUAUUUUUGUGGCCUGCAUGACAGCUAUCCUGAGGCAGAUGGAUGAUUUCCAUUACAGCCAUUACAUCAACACUUUCAAAACGAGGCAGGACAUCGUUGAUUUUCUGAUGGAAACAUUCAUUAUGUUUAAGGAUCUGAUCGGAAAAAAUGUUUAUGCAAGUGACUGGAUAGUCAUGAAUAUGAUGCAGAGCAGGGUUUUCCUCCGGGCAGUGAAUCAAUUUACAUCUGUACUCAAUCGUUUCUUUCUGGAUCAGGCAAAUUUUGAACUCCAGCUCUGGAAUAACUAUUUCCAUUUGGCAGUGGCCUUUCUCACUCAUGAAUCCCUCCAGUUGGAGACCUUCUCACAAGCUAAACGCAACAAAAUUAUCAAGAAGUAUGGGGACAUGAGGAAAGAAAUUGGCUUCAAGAUAAGGGAUAUGUGGUAUAACUUGGGUCCGCACAAGAUAAAGUUCAUUCCAGCAAUGGUGGGUCCCAUCCUGGAGGUGACGCUGGUUCCAGAGCCCGAGCUGCGGAAAGCCACCAUUCCUAUCUUCUUCGAUAUGAUGCAGUGCGAGUUCAACUUCAGUGGGAAUGGAAACUUCCAUAUGUUUGAAAAUGAGCUGAUAAGCAAGCUGGACCAGGAAGUGGAAGGUGGCCGAGGGGAUGAGCAGUACAAGAUUUUGCUGGAGAAACUCCUCCUGGAGCACUGUCGGAAGCACAAGUAUCUGUCUGGAUCUGGAGAAGUGUUUGCGUUGCUGGUGAGCAGCUUGCUGGAGCACCUGCUGGACUACAGGACCAUCAUGCACGACGAGAGCAAGGAGAACCGCAUGAGCUGCACCGUCAACGUGCUGAAUUUUUAUAAGGAGAAGAAACGAGAGGAUAUUUAUAUCAGGUAUCUCUAUAAGCUCCGGGACUUGCACACAGACUGUGAGAACUUCACCGAGGCCGCGUACACCCUCCUGCUCCAUGCAGAACUGCUCCAGUGGUCUGAGAAGCCAUGUGCUGCUCACCUGCUCCAGAGGGACAGCUACUGCGUCUACUCACAACAGGAACUCAAGGAAAAGCUCUACCAAGAAAUUAUCUCUUUCUUUGACAGAGGCAAAAUGUGGGAGAAAGCCAUUCAGCUAAGCAAGGAGUUGGCUGACAUGUAUGAAAACAAGAUCUUCGAUUAUGAGGGACUUGGUAACCUCCUGAAAAAAAGAGCUACUUUUUAUGAGAAUAUCAUGAAGGCAAUGAGACCUCAACCAGAGUACUUUGCUGUUGGAUACUAUGGUCAGGGCUUCCCUUCUUUUCUGCGGAAUAAAAUUUUUAUCUACCGUGGCAAAGAGUAUGAACGGAGGGAAGACUUCAACCUGAAGCUCUUGACCCAGUUCCCCAGUGCCGAGAAGAUGACCAGCACGGCUCCCCCAGGAGAGGAGAUCAAGUCUUCUCCUAAACAGUAUGUGCAGUGCUUUAUAGUGAAGCCUGUGAUGAACCUGCCACCUAACUAUAAAGACAAACCUGUUCCCGAACAGAUCUUAAACUACUACAGAGCAAACGAGGUGCAGCAGUUCACCCACUCGCGGCCGUUCAGGAAAGGAGAAAAAGAUCCAGAGAAUGAAUUUGCGACUAUGUGGAUAGAAAGGACAACCUACACAACAGCUUACUCGUUCCCAGGCAUUCUCAAGUGGUUUGAAGUCAAGCACAUUGCAACGGAGGAGAUCAGCCCCUUGGAGAACGCCAUAGAGACCAUGGAGCUCACGAACGAGAGAAUCAGCAACAUUGUCCAGCAGCACGUCUGGGACCGGAGCCUGCCCGUGCAUCCGCUCUCCAUGCUCCUGAAUGGGAUCGUGGACCCAGCGGUCAUGGGGGGAUAUACCAACUAUGAAAAGGCGUUUUUCACGGAAAAGUAUCUUGAAGAACAUCCUGAAGACCAAGAUAAAAUUGAAUUGCUCAAGCAAUUAAUUGCUUUACAGAUGCCCUUGUUGGCAGAAGGGAUUAGGAUCCAUGGUGAGAAGCUGACUGAGGAGCUGAAGCCUCUGCAUGAGAGACUGAUCGCCUGCUUCAGAGAGCUGAAGAAGAAGGUGGAGAAGCAAUAUGGUGUAAUAACUUUGCCUCCCUCCCUCACCGAAAGGAAACCGAGCAGGUCGGGCUCCGUCGUGUUGCCCUACAUCAUGUCUUCCACACUGAGGAGGCUCUCGGUGACGUCGGUGGCCUCUUCUGUGGUCUCUACAUCUUCCACAUCAUCCGACAGCACUUCUUCCAGACCGGGUUCCGACGGGUCUAUUCUGGAGCCGCUGUUGGAAAGGAGAAUAUCAACAGCUUCCAGAGCUGAGGAACUGCUCAUUAAAGACGAUGGUGACAACCGGAUUAGCAAAUUCAAGCGGAAGGACUGGAGUAUUAGCAAAUCUCAGGUUAUUGUGGAGAAGGCGCCAGAAACUGAACUGACUUCCAAAAUGAGCAUGUCAGGAAAAGUGCAGAGGCCAAAGAGUCUUCAGUUAGGAGACAACAGACUGACUUUGCUUCAGAAUUCGUCACUCCAGCAGUCGACACCGCUCAGCCCACCGCCCAUCACUCCCAGAACACCAAGAACCCACAGUAAGUCGUGUCGCCUGGCGGCUGGUUUUCCCUCGUUGCAAGCCGAUGGAUUGGUAAGUGCCAGCUUCCAGAGUGCCCCCCCGCCGCCUCCGCCCAAGAGCAAACCCUAUGAGAACAGCAGCUCCAGGAGCGCUGCGGAGGUUGCUCCACCAUUGCCCAGCAGACGUGAAGCCAAACCUCCUCCUCCACCCCCCAAAACCAGAAAAUCCAGUGUCCUUUCCUCAGAGCAAGGGCUGCAAUGA